AUGGUUCUACAAGGCAUCGACAACUCUGCUUUAGAUGACUUUGUGCUCAUGCACUGUGUCUUCAUCCCAAACAGCCCGCAGGGCUCUGAUCAAGAGAAACUGGACUAUGCACUAAACAAUAAACGCAGGGUGAUCCGUCUGGUGAUGCAGUGGGCUUCUGUACAUGGAGAUUACCUACAUGAGGAGGACACCUCACUUUCUUUCCUAGAGGAAUUUUUCACUGCUGUAGCUAAUGAUGCAAAAGUGAUCCUAUCCCUCAAGGAUGAGCUAUCAGAAUUGGAGACCAUUGUUAAGUGCAACAUUGAAGAUGCCAGAUCCUCACAGAAAAAGCACAAAAUUCUGCUGCGACAAUUCAGCAUGGGAGACGAGAAGCUUCAGAAACGGCAGCCAAUCAAAAGUAAUGAUGAAAUUCUGUUCAAAGUCUACUGCUAUGACGAAACUUACACAACACUCCGAGUCUCUGUGGCUGCCUCAGUAAAGGAGGUUAUUGGUACUGUGUCCGAAAAGCUGGGGUCAGCGGACAACCUCUUCUUGGUCAGCCUGAGCUCAGCAGGAGAGAAAGUCAUCUUCAAACCCAGCGAUGUCUCAGUGUUCUCCACACUCAGUAUAAAUGGACGACUGUUUGUCUGUCAGAGAGAUCAGCUGGAUUCUUUGACACCUUUACCUGAGCAGGAGGGUCCCUCUGAAGGUUCUUUGGCCAUCUUUGAACUGAUGAGCUCUAAAGAUGUGGCUUAUCACAUGACUUUUUAUGACUGGGAGCUGUUUCACUGUGUGCAUGAGUUGGAACUCAUCUAUCACACAUUUGGGAGGCAAAACUUCAAGAAGGCAACUGUGAACUUGGACUUGUUCCUAAAAAGAUUUAAUGAAAUCCAGUUUUGGGUGAUCACAGAGAUCUGCCUGUGUUCUCAGUUCAGCAAACGUGUGCAGCUCCUCAGGAAGUUCAUCAAGAUUGCUGGCCACUGUAAGGAAUACAGAAAUCUGAAUGCCUUCUUUGCUAUCAUCAUGGGACUGAGUAACCCAGCAGUUAGCAGACUCAGUCAGACCUGGGAGAAACUUCCCAGCAAAUUCAAGAAGUCUUACGGAGAAUUUGAAAAUUUGAUGGACCCAUCCAGGAACCAUCGAGCGUACAGAUUGACAGUUGCUAAGCUGGAGCCCCCCAUCAUUCCUUUCAUGCCACUGUUGAUCAAAGAUAUGACAUUUACUCAUGACGGCAACAAGACGUUCAUUGACAACUUGGUCAAUUUUGAGAAGAUGAGGAUGAUCGCCAAUACAGUAAAAACAGUCAGACACUGCAGGAGCCAGCCGUUCAGUCCAGAUUCACCUCAGGCGAACAAGAGCCCCGAAGUGCGGAGCUACGUACGUCAACUCAAAGUGAUCGACAACCAAAGAACAUUAACUCAACUCUCUCAUGGACUGGAGCCUCGCAGGCUUUGAAGAUGCUCAGGGACAGAGAUGUUGAUGCUGCUGAAAUGCUACACAUGGAAGUGAUUGAACUGACAGACAGACAGUUGUGUGGAGGACCUACAGUGUAACGCCACAUCAGAUAAUGACAUUGUUUCAGAGGCCACAUCCCGUGCUGUUGAGCUUUUAAUUAUUGUAAUUUGUGAUAUUCUAAGAGCAUUGAUCUACUUGCUGUUGUGCUUUUAAUAUCUGUGUGCUGCUGCAGAAAUUACCGUCAUCUCCAAGUCAAAUAAUAGGAACAGCUGGUGAAAUGAAAGAUUUAUCUCAUUAUUAAUAUUUCAUAUUUAAAAUACACAUCAUAGAUAUUCUUCAUAAUCGUUUGUGUUCUAUUUUAG